AUGCAACACGACAAGUGCUAUGACAACGCGGUUAACAGUAAGAUUUGCUUCGACGUUCCUUGGGAGUACAUUGACGACUACAACUGGAAAUGUAUCAAUAGCACCGCCAUAUGUGAUGGUAAGUACGAAAAUCUCUUAGUUCUUCUUCCAAAGGUUUCUGUUGAAUACUUCGAGAAGUCACCUAUUUGUCCCACGAGGAAAAAAAUUGGAAAAGAGCUAUCGUUUAGUUUAUUGUUGGCAAUUUACGAUUUUAUUAAGUUUCAGAGGGUGUCAGUUGAAUGGCAUUUCUUCGUGAACUACAAAAUAUGGUUUGCGUCCUGUUCCACAUAG